GUGCACAGUCGGUCUUCGCGAUUCAAAAAGUCGGACACGCCAAUCUAUACCGCACAAUCGCGUGAGCAGAGGGCCACACAAGGCGUCACAAGACAGGCAAUCGACUUCCCGAAGAAGGUUGUCACCUCGUGGCAGUCUCAUGGCAGUCACGUUCCCGCC